CAUGAGUGUAAAGUUCAGUCUGAGUAAUGAAAAAAGGCGAGGUUAGCUGCGAGUUGCAAAAACAAAUUUGAUCACAGCUUUAACUAAGAUGUCUAUGAACUGUUUUCUUAAAGUGAUGUCGACAAUAGAAUCUCACAUGACUUCAGAACAGAGAACACAUGGGACGUACUUGAAAAUCAAAUGCCACCAGCAACAGCACCACCAACAUCUACUACAGCCUAAAAUCAAAAAUGAAAGCAGUCUUUUUUUGCAAGGACUUAAACAUAAAAAACGAAAGUUCAAAUCAAUAUUUGUAAAUAGAAAAAAAGCAACACAUAUAAAACGAAAUCCUUUCGAGCAUCCUGUAACGAAUUUUCUGAACAGAUGUAGUUAUAAAUUCAAUAAUGCCAGAAACCAAAAAAUAUCCUCGUGGUCAUGUAGUGGUCUUUGUAAUAUAAUUUUAACAUUCAUAAACUUAAUAACAGUAAAAACCUUAAUAAAAUGUGUAAAAAGUAACAAAACGCCAAACCAAUAUCGUUUAGUUCUGGAAGGACUGAAAUGGAUAUGUCUUAUAGCUAUUAUAGCUAGUGUAUCGGUAACGCCGAUUAAAGCUACAGCUAUACCCAACUCAAAGUCAAAUGUAGACGCAUCAAAUACUUUAACUGUUGAUGGUAUUAUGCAAAGGGAGGCGUUUGAUUCAUUUUUUCAAUAUCAAACAGAAACUCCAUCAAUUAUUCAAGAAAACGAAAUCAAAAAGAAAAUUAAAAGUGAUGAGGCAUUUAAUGGUGGAUUGGAUCUGUUUGAAGCACAAGAAUCCAUAUUCCAUAAACAUUAUCAGCAGCAGAGUUCUCAUAAGCAACAUCGAAGUAAAAGCGCGGCAAAAAGAAGUGUUUCAUCAGACACCACUACAACAACAACUUUGGCACCAGAUGAAGAAUGCGAAAGUAAAGUUUUAGACAUAAUACCUGCAGCACCGUUAUUCGAUUUUACCGAUAUUACUGAAGACGCUGCUAGACAAUUUACUGAAUUUUUGACCACCAAAUUUCCUGAUUCAGUACCCCAAGCACAACAAGUUAUUACUGAUGAAAUACGAGACGAAGUACGGCGUCGCGCAAAUGGAAUCGCCAGCUAUGCUCUUAAUGAAGAUGAUAACUUACUUGCAUUCGCUAUUGCUGCUCCUAGUAUACAUACGGUUGUGGUCAAGUUCCGAGACAAUGUAACUAUACCCCCCGAACAAUCACAUAACAAAGCAUUUCUUGGCUCUUAUUGGCGUGAAUUAGGUUACGCAUGGAAUAGUACUGACAGUACACCGAAAUGGGGAGCACCAUUUAGAGACUGUAAUUUGCUAAAAGGACGUUGGCUGUGGCCGUUUCGCAUUUCUUUUACCGACUCAAAAAUUAAAAUUGUUGCUGCAGCUUUUACAGCAGCAGACGAGAAUGUAUGCAAUGAUGAGCUGGAAGAAAUUUUCGGUAGACGCCAUGGCUGCGAUCGUAAUACAACAUUCUGCCUCGUAACUGAAAAUAAACCUUUACCUCCUCGUGAUGUUUAUACUUGUUUAUGUCUUGAGUAUCACUAUUUGCCAAAUUCCACACUACAAGGUUUUCGAGGAGACAUUGUGGAAAUGUCUGAAGGAUUUGAUAAUUAUUCUUGCGUGCGCUGUCCAGGCAGUUGUACACACUGCGAUCAACAUGGCACAUGUUUACUUGCAUCUCCUCAGGAGACUGUGUCCAUGGAAAAUUUGUUGAAAGUGUCUGUGGGAUCUGUGUUAGGUGCAUGCAUACUGUGCUGUAUUGUAUUGAGUGUAAUAGUGUUUCGACAACGAAAAUGCAAGGCAAUCGCUUCAGGCAUGUGGACUGUUUUAGAAACCAUACUCUUAGGAAUAAUAAUACUUUAUUUAUCGGUUGCCGUCCAUUUCUUUCCUGCCUCCACGGAACGUUGCCUGCUUGAGCCGUGGCUUCGCGAACUUGGUUUCAUCACAUGCUACGGGGCAAUCAUACUUAAAUUGUAUCGACAUUUAGUCGAGUUUCGUACACGUAAGGCUCAUCGGUGGGUGUUGCGGGAUGUUGAUUUGCUUAAAUAUCUAAGCACAAUGGUAUUUGCGGUCAUUUGUUAUAUGACAGCUUUUACCGCUUCAUCAAUGGAUCUUUUAGAAGCUGGACAUUUAGAAAGCUUACGUGAAAAACGGACUAACACUUGCAAACCACUGAAAUGGGAGUAUGUCACACAGGCGAGUGAGGUGAUUAUAUUGUGCUUCGGACUCAAUUUAUCUUUUGCUACCCGAAAUGCCAAUACACAGUUCAAAGAGAGGCAAUUUCUUGCGGCAACUUUGUUCUUGGAAUUCAUUAUUUCAUGUACAUUUUAUGCAAUGCGUUAUUUUUAUUUACCGCAAAUGAACCCGGGUACAAUUCUAUUAGCUUUAUUUUUGCGUUCACAACUUACUAACACAAUUGCACUUGGCCUUAUUUUCAUUCCAAAAUUAUGGUACCAGCAUAAGCAGGGUUCUCACGAUCCUGGACAACGCCUGGGUGGCGGAUAUGCUGGUCUUUGUUUAGGGGAUCCUGAUACUGGAGAGCUAACCAUAUCUGAAAUGAAUCCUGAGGAUAUACGUGCCGAACUAAAAAGACUGUAUACGCAACUUGAAAUCUUAAAAAAUAAAACUUUACGGCAAGACAAUCCCCAUAUAAGCAAACGACGAGGUGGACGAAAGCCAGGCCAUCGUCGAUUUUCAUUACAAAAAAAGGGCAGCAAAGACAAGGCGCUGAGUGCCAAACAUCGCAUAAAUAAGCAUCAUCAGGAUAUUGAAAUUACGGAAGCGGAACCUUCUCGAACACCUGAAGAGUAUUCAGUUUGCAGUGCUGACCUUAAUGCAGAAAUAUCCGGAAUCUCCCAAUCAAUGCUGUCGCAUUCUGUUGUCUCGCAUUCAAUGGUGUCGCAAUCAAAAUAAAAACCUAACUAGAACAAAUAAUUAGCAUGCAUUGCAUAUAAAUAAAUACUUACAAAUAAACUCAUAUGUACUUAGUUAGAAAAAUGACAGUAAAUUGUAAUUACACACAUUAUAUAUAGACAAACAAUAGAAAUAAUUGGAUUCAAUUCCAUAGAUAACGAUAGAAACAAGAUUUUAUCAGCCGAUUUCGUUUUGAAUAUUUAUUGAUAUCCUUGCACUUUUUACUGCUGUUGCUCAGUUAUUGCAUUUGUUGGGAUUAAUGUUGUAUUUAAAAAAUUGAUAUAUUAUAUAUGAAUAUAGAAGUUUCAAUUAAGUCAACCCUAAACCCGAGUUUUAAAACAUUAUCGACAAGUUGGCAGUUUACAAAUAGCCUUACUGAUUGAAACCAUAUCUAGGCUUAUAUGUGCAGAACUAUGUAUGAACUAUGUGUUGAUUAUAUAAUAUAUUGCUUAUAUUUAUAUAUAGGAGCAUAACUUGUUAGAUAAGAAAAAUUUUAAAAACUUCUUUGAUAAGAUUUACAUAUUAGAUUCUUG